AUGGCUCUCGUGCGGACGGCAUUCCCGUUCCCGGCUCGCACACCAUCAUGGUUUGCUGGCCACAUGGCGCGCUCACUGCGCGAACUGCCCGGGCUGCUCGACGAGGUCGACAUGGUUGUUGAGGCCCGCGAUGCCCGUCUGCCCCUCACCUCCGUCAACCCCGCAUUCGACUCCAUGCUGGAGCGUGUCUGGGGCCACUCUGGCGUUGGACUGGAUCGCAAAGGCAUGUCAAAGAGGAAACUUGUCGUGUACACCAAGCGAGACUUGGCGGAGCAGAGGUAUGAAGCCCCGCUCAAGAAGGCGUUCAUGAAUCAGACUGGCCAGCGUGUGCUGUUCGCGGACAGCCGAGUGGACGCAGAUGUCAAGCAGGUGCUUCGCGUCGCUGCCACCAUGGCUCGUGAGGCAGGCGAGACCUUGACCGAGCUCAAGGUCCUCGUCGUCGGCAUGCCCAACGUCGGCAAGUCGUCCCUCCUCAACGGCCUCCGCCGCGUCGGUGUUCGCAAGGGCAAGGCAUUUACCACGGGAGCCAUGCCAGGCGUGACCCGCCGUCUUACCGGCACGGUCAAGAUCUAUGACGACCCAAAGAUCUACGUCUUUGACACACCCGGUGUCAUGAUGCCCUUCCUCGGUCACAGUGAGGCUGGUUCUGAGCGUGGUCUCAAGCUGGCGAUUACUGCUGGUAUCAAGGAUGGUCUCUUUGAGCCUGAUGCCAUUGCCGACUACCUCUUGUACAAACUCAACCUCCGACUCGCUACUGAGGCAACGCUUGCCGAAGGAGACAAGGCUCGUCACGAGUGCUACACCUCCCACCUCCCGUUCAAGGGUGCCUUUGAGCGUACAGAUGACCUGUCAGUGUUCCUUGACGAGCUCGCCUUGCGACUCGGAGCCAUCCUCAAGGGCGGAGAGCGCAACACCGAGGCGUCGAUGGCCUUCUUCCUCAAGCAGUUCCGCGAGGGCAAGCUGGGACGCUGGACGCUCGAUGACCUCGACGGCGUCGAGUCGGCAUUCAUCUCGUCUAUCACACCAGACCAGCCCGCCCCCGGGGCUCGUAUCGAGCUCCUCGACCACAACGGCCUCCCCAUUACGGUGAGCGACAUGGGCGCCGUGGGUUCGACCUCCGAGGCGGCGUUCGCCGAGGCCACCGCUGCCACGAACGCUGCUGCUGCCAAAGCUGCUGAAGACGACGACGACUUCCUUGCCGCGGACAUUCCCAUGCCUCCCACCCUUCCCGAGACACUCCAAGACCGUGUGUCCCUCACUGUUGCUCGUUUCCUGGAACAGGCUGCCGAGGAGCGCGCUGCAGCAGACGCGGGUCGGAACAAGUCGGCCACCCAAGUGCGAAAGGCCCAGCGUGAGGCCCUGUCUCAGGUGCGUGACACGAAGCGCAAGGCCAAGUACGAGUCUGGCGGCAGCUUUGGCGGCAAGUCGUCGUCAGGUCGGCCGUCUGGAAAGGCAAAGGGCCGCCCGUCGGGACGGGGGCGUUCUGGCAAGCGGUAA